AGUUGGACAAGAUCCAGCCACAUUAUGAGGUGUACCUUGGUGAUAUCUCCACAAGAUGAAUUGGCGUCAGUUUCAAUUCCAUGUCAAGAUGUUUGAUACAUAUAGUAAUCACGUCAACAAAGGUGUGGAAGUUGAAUUGAACUUGGAUGGAUUUCGAUUUGAAGACCAAUUGGGCAUAAAGCGUAAGGUGGACGAUUAUGGAUGUGUUGACCUUAGUGGCCUCUUGAAAGUAACGGUUGGUUAUGGAAAAAGUGGUUCCUCUUUUGCAAAGUCCAAAAACGGAGUCCUGUGAGAUACCCUCAUAUUCUGAUAGAAAGUUACAACUUCUUGAGGGCUCAACUCCCCUCAAACAUGUAGGAAACCUUGCGGUAUCCAUCGUAAAAACUAAGAAGCUUCAACUGAACCUCACAUGUUGAC